CCGACCCGACGCGCCAAGCGGCAAACAGGUAACGCUCCGAUGCCGACGUCGUCCAAGGCGUCGGGAAAGACGUCCGCAGCGGAGCCGGCUGCAACCAACGCAAUAGAUGAAGAAGCCGCCAAGGCCGAACUUGCAGCCGUCGAAGCCCAAGACGAAGACGACGUUGACGACGAGAGCGACACCAACGAAGAAGACACAGGCCUCACGGAGAACCAAAAUCGGUUGUUGUACCUCAUCUCCCUCUACACAAAGCCAGCGAUCCUGUCGACGGACAAAGAAGAAUGGAUCCGCAAACCCGCGCUGCUCGUGCUUCUCUACGAAGCUAUCGUGUCCCAGGCCGUCGACUACGACUACGCGCCGGCGUCCGAACUCGUUGAGAACAAGCGCAAGUACUUUAACAUCUCGCAGGAAGGCAAGUCCGACUUGGACUUUCUGCGCGAAGAAGAGCUCUUGAAUGGGCUUAAGCUUGCGUCCAAGUCGUACCAGCCCGUCACGUGCUACCAGAUCUCAGAGAAAGGCCAGGAACUCAUCACGAAGCUCGGUAAAAGCGACAAGGCCCCCAUCCACGGCAUGGCCUACGCCCCAGGAACGCGCAACCUGCUGCGGGUGGAAUGGGACGGCCACGAAUACUGGCUCGUCGACAACGAGAGCGGGUAUCGCCGUGUGUCGUCUGUCACCGAAACCGAGACGGUCUCGUACGUGUCGAGUGCGUACGUUCCGCAGUGCCUGCGGCGCGGCGGGCGGCCGACCCUGAGUAACGCGCAUCGCGCCCACGAGUGCGGCCUCAGCGACUCGACGAUCAAGGACCAGCUCGACGAAAUCAUCACGCUCAACUCGGUGUCGCUCAUCGUGGCCGAGUUUAUCCCGUUUGGCGCGAACCAGCUCGUCCAGCUCAAUUGCAACCUCGGCUCCACCGAGCGCGUCCAGGGCGGGUUCUUUACGUCGGUCGUCGACGGCAAUGCCACGGGGACGCAGAUUUCCGUCGACCCGGGACUCACGUCGGUCCACAUCCUCGACUACUCGCUGACAAACCACGUCAACUUUGAAGCAGACAUCCAUUACCCCGAAGCGCCGGGCGUCGUCCAAGUCGAGACAUUCGGGUGCUCGCUGACGGCGUCGGGGUCGUGUUUCUACGGCAUGCAAGUCGAAGCCAUCAUGGACCGUAUCAAGGACAACAUUUCGCUCGACCAUCUCUCGCGCCUCCUCGUCGACGUUCAGAAGGAUUCGUCGCAGAUCGUGGACUCGGUCCUGUCGGCGUACCAGCGCAGCCUCCUCGGCCUCGUCUUUAUGAACGAAGAUUCGAAUCGCGACAAGAUCAACUUGAUCAUUGCCAACGAAAUCACGCCCCACUUGACCGCCGAAGAGUACAUGGACAAAGGCGAGUACGAGAACGAGCUCAAGCAAGUGAUCGGCGACACCCGCGCAGCGUUUGACAUUUCCGAGCACGACACGCUCAUCUUUGGCGCGUUCGGCCUCCUCAUUGCCGGCCCCAACUCGCGCCACCACGAGCCGCUCCUGUGUUCGUUCCUCGAGUACGAGUCCAUGAACCUGUUUACGCAGAAUUUCUUUGCGCGCGUGUUCAUCGUGGUCGACGACAUGAAGACUGUCCGCACCAUGAUCGACGUCGCGGAGCGCGACCCGAAUCGAUUGUCGGACAUUCGCCGCCGCCUCGCGGUCCUGUCCAAGGAAAUUAUUCUGCUCGAAGAGACACUCGGGUUCCUGCGGGAGUCCCUCGACGACGCCGAGAUCCCGCCGGAACCCCCCGAACAGGCGGGCCGGGCCCUCUACGAACGGCUCCAGCUUGGGAGCUUGAGCACGCAGCUGAAGCGGCGGGUGAAGGACUUGGAGAAGAAAAUGGACGGCGCUCGGCACGAGCUGGCUGUCCUGAACGAAAUGAGCACGAUCUUUAGCGAAGACCGCAUCUACAAGCAACACGAAGCCAUUCGAUACCACACGCGAAGCUUGUGCGAACUCCAGACGAUCAACGAGCGAUCCGCGACAACGCUCCAGCUCAUUCAAGUCGUCCUGUCCGGUUCGCUCGCGUUUCAGAUCUUGCACCAGUUCACCGGCGACUGGUCCCUUCUCAACGAGAACUGGGCCAAAGCGUUUUUGAAUCCGCUCGUUCUCGACAAUCCGGGUCUGUGGUUUGUCCUGAGCUUGCUCUUUUGGGCCGCCGUCGCGACGGGUCUCCUCUUUCUCCUCAAGACGUUCGUGAACCGGUCCCAGGGCAUCGUGACCAUCCGCAUGACCAAGCAAGUGCCGAUCGACAUGAAACUCUUGGCGACGUUCCUGCGGACGAAAAACAUCUCGGACGAGUCCCACGUGUACGAUGGCAACGUCAAGGUCGCCAAGGUCAUGUGGAGCGAACAGUUCCAAAAGGAAUGGGGCGGGACCGUCCCGACCGUCCAGCUCGAAUAUGACGAAGAGAAUGCGUUCAUGCUUCAAAUCGUAAUCUCGUACCAACGACGGCAAGCGAACAAGCAACUCGCGUUCAACGCGGACGAGUUGUACACACGACUGAUGCAAGAACUGGACGCUGCCAAGAUUUUUACGCCAGCCACGCCACAACGCACCCCAUCGCCCGCUGUCGAAGAUAAGCGUGCCAACUAGCGACACAUGUUGCACGCGUCUUUUUCCAAAGCCACCGAGACUCACUUAGGCCGUUGCUUGUAGCCGAGCUAGAAGCGCCUGUGUCGUUGCGAUCGUUGCAUCUUCACUCGAUACAAGGGUGGGC